CUCUAGUCUCAUAAGCCUGCUACUCACUGGCACGUCUCCAGGCUUAGACGCACAGUAGCGCGGAGCGAGCUAGCGCCAUGGCAGCGUCCGGGCCCGAGGCUCCCGGCCGCUUCGACGUGAUCGUGGUGGGCGCGGGCAUCAUGGGCAGCUGCGCGGCGUACGCGGUGUCCUCCCGCGGCGCGCGCGUGCUGCUCCUGGAGCGGUUCGACCUGCUACACCACCGCGGCUCGUCGCACGGCGAGUCCCGCACCAUCCGCGCCACCUACCCGCAGGCGCACUACCCGCCCAUGGUGCGCCUGGCGCGGCGCCUCUGGGACGACGCCCAGGCCGACGCCGGGUACCGCGUGCUCACGCCCACGCCGCACCUCGACCUGGGCCCGCGGGACGAGCCCGCGCUCCUCGCCGCCAUCAGGAACGGCGGCGCCGUCGAGGUGGUCGACGGCGCGGCAUGCCCGUGGGAAGGGGUGUUCAGGGUGCCCGACGGGUGGACGGCGGCGGCGAGCGAGAUCGGCGGGGUGCUGAAGGCGACCAAAGCGGUGGCCAUGUUCCAGGCGCUCGCCGUCAAGAAGGGCGCCGUCGUGAGGGACAGGACGGAGGUGGUCGACGUCACGAAGCGAGGAGAAGGAUCAAUCGUGGUGAAGGCAUCAAGUGGAGAGGAGUUCCAUGCCGCCAAGUGCAUCGUAACGGUCGGCGCCUGGACGAGCAAGCUAGUCAAGUCAGUAACCGGCAUGGACCUGCCGGUGCAGCCGGUGCAGCCGGUGCACACGCUCAUCUGCUACUGGAAGGCGAAGCCCGGCCGCGAGCGCGAGCUCACCACAGAGGCCGGCUUCCCGACGUUCGCCAGCUACGGCGACCCCUACAUCUACAGCACGCCGUCGAUGGAGUUCCCGGGCCUGAUCAAGAUCGCUAUGCACGGUGGCCCGCCGUGCGACCCGGACAGCAGGGACUGGUCCACGGGGAGCGCCGCGCUGGUGGAUCCCCUGGCGCGGUGGAUCGACGCCGUCAUGCCGGCGCACGUCGACACCGCCGGCGGGCCCGUCAUCCGGCAGUCGUGCAUGUACUCCAUGACCCCCGAUGAGGACUACGUGAUCGACUUCCUGGGCGGGGCGUUUGGGAAAGACGUCGUCGUCGGCGCAGGGUUCUCCGGCCACGGGUUCAAGAUGGGGCCGGCCGUUGGGAGGAUCCUGGCCGAGAUGGCCAUGGACGGGGAGGCGAGAACGGCGGCGGAGGCCGGUGUGGAGCUGGAGCACUUCAGGAUCGGCCGGUUUGUGGACAAUCCGAAGGGAAACCUCAAGGAUUCCGGAGAUCAAGGCCGAUGAACACCAUGCUCUACUUUGAGAUCAUAUCUUCAAUCAUCUUGAGAAUGAUCUUCUUCAUAUAAGCUCGCUCUUUCAUGAUGGUGUCAAAAUGUUUCAUAUGGCAAUUAGUUUGUUUAGAGUAAUCUAGUGAACAUUGCAUUGUGCAACUUUUCCUUCGUCCUUACGGGUUCUUGAGAUUUGUAAUAAUGAAGUGCAUAUGCUCUGCAUGUGUACCAAAAGCUGUCAGUUCAAUUUCAUUCAGUUGUAGAUG